GAUCUGCAGGCAAACAGCACCUUACAGGUGGAGAUCUCAGACGCAGUGAGUGAGCGGGACAAGGUGAAAUUCACUGUUCAAACCAAGAGCUGCCUCCCUCACUUCGCCCAGACGGAGUUCUCGGUGGUGCGGCAGCAUGAGGAGUUCAUCUGGCUGCAUGACACCUAUGUGGACAACGAGGAGUACGCCGGCCUCAUCAUCCCCCCAGCCCCUCCAAGGCCAGACUUUGAGGCAUCGCGGGAAAAGCUGCAGAAGUUGGGUGAGGGGGACAGCUCUAUCACCCGGGAAGAGUUUGCCAAAAUGAAGCAGGAGCUAGAAGCGGAGUACCUGGCGAUCUUUAAGAAGACGGUCGCCAUGCAUGAAGUGUUUCUGCAACGCCUGGCAGCCCACCCUACCCUGCGUCAAGACCACAACUUCUUCGUCUUUCUGGAAUACGGCCAGGAUCUGAGCGUCCGAGGGAAGAACAGGAAAGAGCUGCUUGGGGGCUUUCUGAGGAACAUUGUGAAGUCCGCAGAUGAAGCCCUUAUCACUGGCGUGUCAGGGCUCAAGGAGGUGGAUGACUUCUUUGAACACGAGAGAACCUUCCUGCUGGAGUAUCACACUCGUAUCCGGGAUGCCUGCCUGCGGGCAGACCGUGUCAUGCGCUCCCACAAGUGCCUGGCAGAGGAUUAUAUCCCUAUCUCAGCUGCGCUGAGCAGUCUGGGAACACAGGAAGUCAACCAGCUGAAGAUGAGCUUCCUCAAAUUGGCUGAACUCUUUGAACGACUAAGGAAAUUGGAGGGCCGGGUGGCAUCUGAUGAGGACCUGAAGCUGUCGGACAUGCUGAGGUACUACAUGCGAGACUCACAGGCAGCCAAGGACCUCCUGUACCGGCGGCUGAGGGCACUGGCUGACUACGAGAGCGCCAACAAGGCGCUAGACAAGGCGCGCACCAGGAACCGGGAGGUGCACCCCGCCGAGAGCCACCAGCAGCUGUGCUGCCAGCGCUUUGAGCGCCUCUCCGACUCAGCCAAGCAGGAGCUCAUAGACUUCAGGUCCCGUCGCGUCUCCUCUUUCCGCAAGAACCUCAUUGAGUUGGCAGAGCUGGAGCUCAAACACGCCAAGGUAAACCUACAGCCUCCCUGGCCCCCACUGCCAGGCCUCUAGGUUCUUAGCUAGUCUCCUAUGCCUGCUUGCUAAGUUUGUGUGUGUUGGGUGGGAGGGGGUCCAGCAGCUCCAGCUGAGGUUCAGGACCAUGUUUCCCUAUCUUGGGCCAGGUCCCUGCCCUUUUCUUCAUUGGUGCUAAUUACUCAAUAAAUGACGGGGGUGUGGCAGGAGUUAUCCGGGGUUCGGGAAGUGCAACUCCCAGCCUUAGGGAGCAGGGUGAGGGCAGGCAGAGAACAUCGAGGACCCAUCUCUCUUCCCUGCAGGCCAGCACACUGCUGCUCCGGAACACCCUCGUUGCCCUCAAGGGGGAGCCUUAGAGCAACCAACACACAGCCAGUCUUUGUCCCUGG